UAAUCAGUGUCUCCACUGCGGUGAUGACAAGCCCCGACGAGUUCCCCCGAGUUUCUACCCAACUUUACUGACUUUUUUGGAACGAAUGACAAUUUCCAAAGUGUAAAAAACUUAUCAAAGUUCCUUGUGAAAAAUAAAUCAGAAUGUCUGGUCAGAGUGGAGGGAGACUCAAAUUGGCCAAGUUGAAUGAACAACUAACUUGUAAAUUGUGCCAGGGCUACUUCAUCGAUGCUACGACGAUUAUUGAGUGCUUACAUUCAUUCUGUAGAAGCUGCAUCGUGAAGUACUUGGAGACGAACAAGUACUGUCCAAUAUGUGAAGUACAAGUCCAUAAGAGUAAACCACUCUUGAAUAUUCGCCCCGACCACACGCUCCAGGAUAUCGUUUACAAGUUGGUGCCUGGAUGCUAUCAAAAUGAGAUGCGUUGUCGUCGUGAGUUUUAUGAGAAGCAUCCAGAGGCUCCGCUGUCCUCCAUGUCCCCGGAGGCCCGGGGCGAGCCAAUAGAGUCUCACAUCUACUCCCCGGACGAGUCCCUCUCCCUGUCCCUGGAAUACUACAAUCCCUCCUUGAACGACAGUCCCAUUCCCUCCGAGACCGACGAGGAGAAGUCCUCAUCAUCGUCCUCCAAGUCCCAGCCCCGUCGUUACCUCCGUUGUCCAGCAGCGGUAACGGUAUUUCAUCUUCAAAAACUGAUUCGCGCCAAGUACGGUCUCAGUGAUGUUCACCGGGUGGAUAUAAUGUACAAGGAGGAGCCCCUGUACGGCAACUAUACCCUGAUGGACGUAAUGUACAUCUACCACUGGCGAAGGAAGGUGCCUCUCCACCUGAGCUAUCGGAUCUUCGAGUCGUCGCCGAAGAGAUUGAAGUUGUCAGAGGACAACGACAACUUCAAGGCGUCAUUGUCAACCGCCGGUAUCACCCUCUCAAAUGCCCCGGAGGACACCCCAGUGAAGCGUGAAUGGAAGGAAGUCCAGUUGAAAAUAUCAGAGACCGGCGUCAUGUCUGUUAUAACGUCACCAGAGUCAAAGAAAUCUCAGAAGAAAGAGACAAUCGAAGAGGAUCAGCGAAGACUUGAUGAGUCAGUGGCUGGUGUUGUCAAGCCGAAGAAAAAAACCGAGGAUCCUAAAGAGCCAGACAAAGGAGACAAAUCAGACAGAGCUGAAAAGCCAGAGAAACAGGAUAAGCCGGAAAAGCAAAAGAAAUCGAUGGAGAAGGAGGAGGACAACAACAACAAGGAGAAAACCCCGUCUUCGUCAGUCCCAGAGUCAUCAUCAGCAUCGAAAGCUUCCGAGGCUCAAGCUAAACCGAAAACCGAUCAAAAGCCCACGACCGCAGGAUCUAAUUCUCAGACAAGUGGCUCCAAGAUCGAAUCCCUCAGUGCUAAGUUACAAUUUCAGCCGAAAGUUGGACCGAUCAAUCACACAUACUCCAAGAAAUCUCAGAAGGAGAAGAAAUCGGUUCUGGAGAAGGUAUUGAAAAAGUCGGAGGUGAAGAGUGAGAAAGAGCAGAAAAAGUCAGUGGUACCAGCGGCGAUCACCCCAAAAACCUCAUCAUUGUCAUCAUCUACGUCGUCGACUCCGUCUUCAUCGAAGGUAUCGACAACAUCAACGACAUCGACACACAUCAGUUUGAGCACCUUUGGUGGGUGCACCUACUCUACAGCUCCGUCGUUAUCCAUUUCCCUGACAUCACGACGAAACUCAUCUCCAGAUCGAACAAAAGACGACAAUCAGAAGCCGAAUAAUCAGAGCUCAGAACCCCUGAAUGUCCCAGCAAUUCCCCAGUCGACGUUUCCCUUUUACAUGCAGAAUUUUGUCGAUGGUAAUUUGAAAAGCCCCACCAAGUCAUCCUCGGCAUCUCCAAAGUGUCCAGCCACCCAGACAUACAGCCUUCAGACACCCUCGAUCAGCAUGUACUCGAUCCCUACCUCAUCAGCAAAGCACCAAAACACAUCCACACCAACGACUUCAUCGCCUCGAUCAACUGUCAAGGGCCUGGAGAUAACCUCUGUGUACUCAUCGGUACCACCUUGCCCAGACGCCAUUCCCAUAUCUCUCAUGCACUCGUCAAAGCCAACAAUCCGAAAAACCGAGAUCCUGGCCAAGGGGACCAAUGUCAACGAGAUUUGUGCCAAGAUAAGUGAAAAUUCACGAGAGAAAGAUAAGAACAAAACGGAGACAAGAACUAGAUCAGAGAUACCAGAUCUCCUUAAAAUUCCCAUAAAGUCCUCCUCAGAUAUCUCUAAACACGGAACAAUUCCCAAUGUCCCAAGCUACACCCCCAGCAACUCAUUGACAAUAUCUCCAUCUGAUUCCAAAAGUUCAUCAUCGAAAGCCAUACCUAACCUAUCAUCAUCGUCCCCACUUCUGCUGCACACGUCGUCGAAAGUGUCGAAUCCAUCGAAAAAACAAUCAACUGGUUUCAAGACACUGCGCGAUCCACCGAGACCCUGGAAUCCAUCACUCAGUAGGAAUAAUUAUGUGGCAGCCAAGAAUCAGGCGAAAGAGCUUGCCUCUGAGCAGUCCAAUCCCUCGACUCCCUCCGGCAAAUCAUUACCCUCUAAAUCAAGAUCGAUAUUCAAACAUAGAAACAAUCUCCCCAGGUACUUGGGAAAUCCAGCCUCUGGUGUUAAGCCCCUCUACGGAGUGAACAACGAUCCAAAGGAGAAGGAGUCAACGUCGAAAUCACCGAGUCUCAUUACGAAAAUUGAGCCAAAAACUCUGUCACCAAUAUCAACAACUAAUUCACCCAUAGUAUCCCCACCUCCUUAUUCUCCAAAUGCCAGAAACUACAAUGCGCCCUUCACGAGGGACAUUGGGAGGACAUCGAGCUCUCUGUCACCGAGAAAUUCACCUGUCAAUAUGUUGACGAAUCCCUUUAUACCGAAUGCCACACCGAAUACAAAUCCCAGAAUAUUUCCACAGGGUUUUCUGCCACCUUUUAGUGAUGGUAGUAGAUUUGGUGGUCCACUGAUGAGAUCACCCAUGAGCAUCAGCUCGGCAUAUCACAAUUUACCAGCUUCCAUCAACAGAUGCAUACCCAGGAGCUACUCUGCACUGAGUUAUCAGGGGCUUCAGGCACCUGCAGUGCAGAGAAACCCACCGAGUUCACACUCCAGUCCGAAGAGUCCCAAGAUAUCGACUGGACAUGUCACUAAGGAUGAUGAGAGCAAGGCGGAGGGAAAUGCUUUUAAUCUGAGCAAAUCAGGUGCAGGAGGAGCAUCAGGCACGGCUGGAGUGAGUGAUUUGUCCAAACAUAAUGAGGAGAAGGUCGUCGGGAAGGAGAGGGAGAGGAGAAAGAGUGGAGAAAAGGUCGAUGAGGAGAAAGCUGAGGGGGAGGUUAAGAAGGAGCUCAAAAAGGACCUGAAGAAGGAGCUGAAGAGGGACCUGAAGGGGGAGGAGGAACAGUCCUCAUCGAAGACCAGGGAAGAUAAUAAGGAAGAGAAGAAGGAGAAGGAGGAGGAGAGGGUGAGUAAAGAGACAGUGGGCUUGGUGGAUUCCUCAGGUGCUUCUGAAAAUAAGCUCAAUGGGGUCAAUCCCGAGGCCUCAGGAUCUUCAGUGGCUGGUGAUAAGGACGAGGAGGGUGAUAAGCAGGAGAGAGUUAAGGAGAGUAAAGUCAGUGAGGUGAAGGAGGAGAAGGAGGAGGUCAUUGUCAAGGAGAAUAAGUGCGAGGAGCUGAGUAAGGAGAUUAAGGCUCAGGAGCAGAGGAGUAAACCUGAGUCUUAAGAGGUUAGGAUGUAUGAUAGUGUACAUAGUGAUACCAAAAUUCAGUUCUUUGUUGGGUUUCGAGAGUUUUUCUUUAUUUGGUGCGGGGGGAGGGGGGCUGGCAAGAGGGUAAAGGAUUAUGCUGCGAGAUUAAUUAUUGGAUUUUGGGAGGGGGGAUGUUUUUAGAUUUUAUGAACGUUUUUAAAGGAUUUUUGAGGGGAGAGGAAUUUAAUAAGUGGGCGGGUGUGGGAGGAGGAUAGUUUGGAAGGUUCCAGGUGUGUGGGAGGAGGAUUGAGCGUAUGGUCUUUUGAACAAAACUUCGAGGAUUGAGAUGGGGUUUUGGCGGUUAAACGUAUGAGGUUGUAGCAUCGCAAUGAGGUCUCAAUUUAAUCUGACAUGAUUAUACAUUAAUAUUAUUAAAUAUUGAAUUCCACCUAAAUUUCUUAAUUCGGAACUUAAUAUUUAAAAUUAGGCCGCAUUGUUGGAUUAUCUGAACAAAAAAGACUAAAGCUGAAGUUUGGAUGAAUCGACGGCCGAAAAAAAUGUAAAUCUUGUUGAUUGAGAAUAAAACUGAAGCCCCUUUGGUGAAGUGGACACCGAAAAUCGUAAAUCAGAUUUAAAGUGUCAAAUUAAGCUACAUCAUCACCAGCAUUGACUCUUCAUACCCUGAAGCUUUCAAUCAAAACUUCACAAUUCCCCCGCAAAAUAUUUCCUGUACUCAUUAAAUUCAUCUCAAGCUCAUGUCAGUGUAAAUUAUUAUUCGAUAAUUGAAAAAAAAUUGUCAUGUAUUCGCUUACUUCGGGUCUACUAUUUCAAAGAAAAACACCCGAAUUUAAUUAUCAGAGGACGAUAAUAACGAUAAUAUUUUAAUGAAAUAAAUCAUAUAAGUGGUGGCUCAAUGAUUUAUCGUCGAUAAUCACCAUCAUCGAGGAUAAGAAAAUCGUCAUUGUUCCCACUAAUUAAUGAGCAAUUAAUGAGAAUUAGUGUCCUAGAUAAUAAAUAAGUCUUAAUGGAUAAUAAAAUGAAAAACACAAGAUACAAAAAAUUAUUAAUAUAAUGUUAUUUAAAUAACGCAUUUUUUAUAUCAUAGAUUGAUGAUAAAUUUGUAUAGUUUGCAAUGAAUAAAUGACACUUGUCUUAUUACGAAAUAUA